ACACCAGGCAGGCCAAUGAUUCGCCCAGAGCCCUCCCCGUGGCUGGGAAGCCAGAGCCGAGGGCUUGGUCUCUUGCUUCUGCUCCUAUCUCUCCUAGGCAUCACCUGGACAGAGGAGCAGCCACCCCAGCUGCCAAAGCAAGCUCCCACUCUGCAAGCCCUGGGCAGGAAGGAGAGUUUCUUAAUCCUCACAGCACACAACCGCCUGCGCAGCCAGGUCCACCCUCCUGCAGCCAACAUGCGGAGAAUGGACUGGAGCGAAAGCCUGGCUCAGCUAGCUCAAGCCAGGGCAGCCCUUUGUGGCACUUCAACUACACCAAACCUGGCAUCUACCCCAGGACACACCCCACAUGUGGGCUGGAAUGUGCAGCUAUUGCCCAGGGGCUCAGCAUCCUUUGUCAAAGUGGUCAACCUCUGGUUUGCUGAAGGGCUGCAGUACAGACAUGGGGAUGCUGAGUGUGCCCACAAUGCCACCUGUGCCCACUACACACAGCUUGUGUGGGCCACCUCCAGCCAGCUGGGCUGUGGGCGGCAGCCAUGCUUUGUGGACCAGGAAGCCAUGGAAGCCUUUGUCUGUGCCUACUCCCCUGGAGGCAACUGGGAUGUAAAUGGGAAGACCAUCGCCCCUUAUAAGAAAGGUACCUGGUGCUCCCUCUGCACAGCCAGUGUCUCCGGCUGCUUCAAGGCCUGGGAUCAUGCAGGGGGGCUCUGUGAGGUUCCCAGGAACCCAUGCCGCACGAGCUGCCGAAAUCUCGGACAUCUCAAUAUUAGCACCUGUCGUUGUCACUGUCCCGCUGGCUACACAGGGAGGUACUGCCAAGUGCGCUGCAGUGUACAGUGUGUGCAUGGCCAAUUCCGGAAGGAAGAAUGUUCCUGUAUCUGUGAUGUUGGCUAUGGGGGAGCCCAGUGUGCCACCAAGGUGCGCUUUCCUUUUCAUACCUGUGACCUGAGGAUUGAUGGAGACUGCUUCAUGGUGUCUCCCGAAGCAGACACCUACUACGGAGCCAAGAUGAAAUGCCAGGGAAAAGGUGGGGUGCUAGCCCAGAUUGAGAGCCAGAAAGUACAAGACAUCCUUGCCUUCUACCUGGGCCGCCUGGAGACCACCAAUGAGGUGACUGACAGUGACUUUGAGACCAAGAAUUUCUGGAUUGGGCUCACCUACAAGGAAGCUAAGGACUCCUUCCGCUGGACUACUGGAGAAUACCAGUCCUUCACCAGUUUUGCCUUUGGGCAGCCUGACAACCAGGGGUUUGGGAACUGUGUGGAAAUGCAGGCAUCUGCUGCCUUCAACUGGAACGACCAACGCUGUAAAACUCGAAACCGUUAUAUCUGCCAGUUUGCUCAGAAGCACUACUCCCAGUGGGAGCCAGGCUCCUGA